AUGGAAUGGGAAGAGAUGAUACAGCUUGAAGUUAACGAGAGGGGCCAUGAAGACGAGAUCGAACAGAUUCACUGGAGCAAUGAUGAGGACGAAAUUCUGCCCAUGCACGAUGACAGCAUGCUGCCUGCUGACAAUGAUGGCGACAGUGAGGACGAGUAUUGGCGCGAUGAUGCAAUUCCUUACAUUCCCGAGGAUCUGGACAAUCCAGAGAGCGCGCACGAUCCACAUGUCGAAGAGGAAAGGCGAGAGGGGAUCUUAUCCAUGGCGCAUUGA